UUGUUUUGUUUUGUUUUGUUUUGUUUUGUUUUGUUUUGUUCUGGUUGCACUGCAUCCGUGCCCACUCACCCUGAUACUUGCCGCGGUUCUCGAGCGUCGUGAUGUCGCUGACGAUGAUCAUGACAAUGCUGUUGACGCCGCCGCCGCCGACACCAGCCACAGCGCGGAAGGCAAACAGCUGCUCCUUGGUCUGGGCAAAGCCGGCGAGCAAAUCACCCAGCGCCACCAGGCCCAGGCACAGCAGCAGGGAGUUACUUGCGGCCAAAGAUGUCGGACAGCCGGCCGUUGACGAGCUUGAAGGCGGUGCUGGCGAUGAGGAACGACGCGCCGAUCCACGGCGUCGCCGACCCCGUGGCCAGCGCCGCCGACACGGCCGGCACCGCCGUCGACACCUUCGUCUGGUCGAUAAACGAGACGAACAGCGCCACCGACAGCGCCGGCACCGCCAUCAGCAGCGCCGCCCGCGGCAGCAGCAUCCGCUGGUGUCCGAUGCUCUGCGCGUCGCUGUCGUCGUCGUCCGAGGCUCGGGUUUCAGGGGGUGGCGCAUCUUAGGUAGCCCCGACCUUGGCGUUGUAGUUCUUGUCGGCCAUGGUGCAGUCGGUGUUGAUCUCGAUGGGCUAUGUGAGAAAGUCGUCUUGAGAGGAGCUGGCUUUGAUAUGGCGCCCUGUUUUGGUUUUCUUUCCCUUGCAUCUUUUGCCGUUCCCAACGACAACCCCAGCAACUGGAUCCAUGGCUGCGGUACACAGCCUGCCAGCGUUUCGGGGUGCUUCCCGAUAACCGGAUACUUGUAGAUGGUGGUGCUGGAUGCCUGCUGUGUCCGAAUAUUCGGCACGUUUUGACUCGACCCGUUCGUUAUCCGCGCCAAGCCCCCCUACCCUACAUAGUAUUUUAACUAUACCUAUACUGAUAUUAGUAAUGUCACUA